GUGUUUCUCAGGAUGCAAAAUGGAUAAGAGCUCUAGAUCGUUUUAAGUGUGGUGCUAAGGCUUAUUUGAAGGCUUACGGAAAGCCUGCUGUUAUUGUCUAUGAUAAUGCUAGCCGUUUAGCUCGUGAGACCCCUCAAAUACUAGACAUACUCCAGGAUGAUGCCAAAGAAAAUGCUGAUUAUUCAAAGUAUAUUUCUUUAUUUGUGACCAAUGAGGAGACUGUGCUUAUGAGGAUGCAAGAUUUGACAAAGGAUGAAUCAAUGGAUUUUCUGGUGAAUAAAAAUGGCAUUCCUCUAAAAGAAGCAGAUCAAUUUUAUAAUCUCCUUGGUGGUCGAUUUAUAUACCUCAAACGUGCAAUUCAAGUAUUUAAAGAAACUCGAUCCUUUGAUG